UUCGACUACAGUAUAGAAAAGUUUAUGCUACUUCUGCUGUUGCUGUCAUUGUUAUUGCAAUAGUGGCCUAUAUGGCAUGUUCUAUAGAAUUGCUUGGUUAAGACUUUUAAGGAAUACACAUGCGGUUUACAGUUGGUCUGAUGGUAUCUCCGUGUAUUAUAUUUCUUGUGUUGCAUUUUACCAAUACAAUAGCAUCCAAGAUUCCUAUGAACAUAUAUUCCCGUUCAUAUGCAAGCUGCAAUUGCAUGCCAAUAAAGCUAAAGCACAGUAUUUUGUAAACAGAAGAGAAAAGCCAAAAACUGAGAAAUAAAAGAACCGAAAUGGAAAGAAACAUACAAAGUUCCCUAAACAAGGUAUCAUUUGUAUCGAUCACCAUAGCCACACUUAUUACCAUAUCCCUCUUCCUUCAAACACCAAAAACAAGCAUCUCACCUAUCACUCCCCAAAAGCCUCGCUUGAGGUUCCCUAACUCCACCUGUGACUCUACCCCUCGCCACUACCUUCCUCUUUCCAAAAAGAAUGAUCGGCUCUGGUCCUCCAAAUCUUGGAUGACUCAGGUCUCAUCCUUUACUCAGUUCUUCACCCAACUGAACCAUAUGGGACUCCUAAAGAAGCGCUCCAAGGUCCUCUGUGUCUCUGCUGGAGCCGGCCACGAGGUCAUGGCUCUAUCUAAAAUGGGUCUUGAGGAUGUCAUAGGUGUUGAACUGAUAGAAUCCUUGCCUUUGGUUAGCAGAGCCAAUCCACAUAAUCUUCCCUUCUUUGAUGGGGCUUUCGAUGUUGCCUUUUCCGGUCAUUUGAUGGAGGCCUUGUAUCCUAUGCGGUAUGCAGGGGAGAUGGAAAGGUCAGUCAGAAAAGGCGGACUGUGUGUAGUGGCUGUGGAUGAAUGUGGUGAGGAGGAAGUCAAGGAGAUUGUUAGAUUGUUUAGGCAGUCUUGGCUUCUCGGUUCGUCCAAUGUGACCUUGAAUGGAAGGAGAGUAACAAGGAUUAUAAUGAGACAUACAGCUACUGAUUAAUCAGGUUCUUCAUUUUUUUAAACACAGCAGUGGUUUGUAAUUUGUAUGUCUUAUUGGACUCUUAUUUUUUAAAUGUAGUAUUGGAUUCAUGUUAA